GUGACGAAUCUGUCAUUGCGGAAGUUAAGAUGAGUCCGUAGAUGUCACUCAUUGGAAAGAAACCAUGGCAGCCACCAAAGCCUCCAAAGAACAGAAAUACGACAGACAACUCAGACUGUGGGGUGACCAUGGUCAGGAGUCACUGGAGAAUGCACAUGUUUGUCUCAUCAACGCCACAGCAACUGGGACAGAGAUACUGAAGAACUUGGUACUUCCAGGUAUUGGAGCAUUCACCAUUGUUGAUGGACACACAGUUUCAGGGGAAGAUGUAGGAAACAACUUUUUUCUCAGCAACAACAGCAUUGGAAAGAACAGAGCACAGGCUGCCACUGAGCUGCUACAAGAACUUAACAGUGAUGUCUCUGGAAACUUUGUCGAGGAGAGUCCAGACAAGCUGCUGGACAACGAUCCUGAGUUUUUCCACAGGUUUACCAUAGUCAUUGGUGUCCAGUUGCCAGAAAGCACAUGUUUGAGGCUAGGCUCAGUCCUGUGGAGUGCCUCAGUACCUUUUCUAGUCUGUAAAACCUACGGCCUCAUCGGCUACAUGAGGCUAGUGGUGCAGGAGCAUACAGUGAUUGAAUCCCAUCCAGACAAUGCCUUGGAGGACCUGAGGUUAUGCCAGCCUUUUGCUGAGUUCAAGAACCACAUUCAGUCCUACGACCUCGACAGCAUGGACAAGAAGGAUCACAGUCACACACCGUGGAUUAUCAUUGUGGCUAAGCACCUGGAGAAAUGGCUCAGUGAGCACAAUUGUCAGCCACCGAAAAAUUACAAGGAGAAAGAGACCUUCAGACAGCUUAUUCGAGAAGGGAUCCUGAAGAAUGAGAAUGGUGUCCCAGAGGACGAAGAAAACUUUGAAGAAGCUAUUAAGAAUGUCAAUACUGCAUUAAAUCCAACCAAGAUUCCUAGUGCUGUUGAAGACCUCUUCAACAGUGAACAGUGUAACAACAUCACAUCACAGACCCCAUCCUUCUUUGUGAUGCUGCGAGCGGUCAAGGAGUUCACUGUCAAUGAGGGCAAUGGAAGCCUACCUGUACGGGGAACCAUCCCAGAUAUGAUUGCAGAUUCGGAGAAGUUCAUCAACCUUCAAAAUGUUUACAGGGAAAAGGCCAUGCAGGAUGCAGCAGCUGUUUCUAAGCACGUAGAAUGUCUAUUGCAGUCUGUUGGAAAGCCACCAGAGAGCAUCUCUGAAAAGGACAUCAAACUGUUCUGUAAGAAUUCAUCCUUUCUGAGGGUGGUGCACUGCAGAUCUCUGGCUGAUGAGUAUAGUGUGGACUCAGUAAAUAAAGAUGAAAUCACCUCAAGCAUGGACAAUCCAGAUAGCGAGAUGGUCUUCUACCUCAUGCUUCGUGCUGUCGAUCGCUUCUAUCAGCAGCACUCCCGCUACCCAGGAGUUUAUAACUACCAGGUAGAGGACGACAUCAGCAAACUGAAGCUCUGCGUGAACAGCCUACUGCAGGAGUACAGCCUCAACGUCAACAUCAAAGACGAUUACAUCCAUGAGUUCUGUCGAUAUGGUGCGGCAGAACCACACACAGUCGCUGCAUUUUUGGGAGGAUCUGCUGCUCAAGAGGCGAUCAAGAUCAUCAGCCACCAGUUUGUGCCCUUCAACAACACUUUCAUUUACAACGCGAUGUCACAGACCUCCGCUACAUUACAGUUGUGAAUACAGUUACUGAUCCUGAGUUUGCUUACACAUGCUAUCAGAGAAAACAGCAACAUCAAUGAGGCAUUUACCAACUCACUUUCUAAAAAUCUAAACUGAAAGUAGGAAGAAAGAUUGCAUUAUAUCACAACCAAACGGGAUAACUGCCAAAAUGCGUGCGCAAAAAAUGCUUGUCGUGCAGAAGAUCAAAGGUCAGGACUCUUUAUACUAUCAAUCGUAGAGCUUUGUCUUCUUUGUUGAAGUUCCUGAGAGAGGAGAAAUCAGGACAGCACCCACAGAGGAGUUCUUCAAACAUUUUUUUUUGUGUGUGGCAGAUAUCAAUAAACAAAGCUGGCACUGAAAUGAACAAAUUCCAAACUUUCAUGUGGUAUUUUCAUUUGUGAAACUCCACAUUUAUGGAUGAUACAUCACAAUGUAGCAGCACUUUGUAUACUACAGUCACAACUGUCUUUAUUGUAUUGUGUUUGAAACAAGGUUGAAGUUUUUGGGUCAAAAUGAAAAAAAUAAACAUGCUGUAUGUAGUGUUUAACUCUCAUGCAUUGUUAUAAAAACAUUGAAUAUUUAA